AUGGCGGAGGCAGGUGGCGUUGUUGGUCGCAGCGGCGAGGACGAGGACGGGGAGGAGGAGCGCGGAGGGGGAGCGGCCGCGGCGGAGGUGCAAGUGUACUGCGCGGUUGGGAAGGAGGCGGGGAGGGAGUGGAGGGCCAACCUGCGGUGGGUGCUGGCCAACUUCCUCCGGAGCCGCCACCGCCUCGUCCUCGCCCACGUCCACCGCCCGCCGCACCGCAUCAACAUGAUUGGGGCGUGGGUCCCAGUGAGCCAACUUGCGGAGCACGAGGUGGCCGCGUACAGCAAGCUGGAGGAGGAAAGGGCCAGCAAGGCCCUCGACGUCCUCAUCGACAUCUGCGCAAGUCAAAGGGUCCACGCGCGCAAGGUCGUCGUGUCGGGGGACGACGCCGCGAGGGGCCUGGUCCAGCUCGUCGACGACCAUGGCGUGGCCGAGCUCGUCAUGGGCGCCGCCGCUGACCGGGGAUACACCAGGAAGUUGCGGACGCCCAAGUCCAAGAAGGGGGUGACGGUGCAGCGGAAGGCCAACCCCUCUUGCAGGAUCUGGUUCGUCUGCAAGGGAAACCUCAUUUGUACCAGGCACGUAUAUGUCUGAACAUCUUGAUGCCAUUCAGUUCACUGUAUCAUAUAGAGAUUACCAAGAAGAAACUGUUUGACAGAGAGGACCGAGUAACAGAAGGAGACCAAUAACAAUAGGACUGUGCUAACGACCAGUCGACUGGUCGUCAACGACAGAUCCGGACGAUAUCUCCUCUCCCCUAAUCACGCAUGCACAUUGCAUGCAAACUUCCCUCGCGUGCACGCGCAUGUAGACUCU